CUCUGGAUAAAUACUGGAGCUGUUAGCACUUCUCUUGCCCCUCUGGAUUACCAUGGAGGGGAUGGCUCUCUAUCUGGUGGCUGUUCUAUUGAUUGGUUUUCCAGGGUCUUCCCAUGGGGGUCUCUACACCCUCAUCACCCCUGGUGUUUUGCGAACAGACACAGAAGAGCAAAUUUUGGUGGAGGCCCAUGGAGACAAUACUCCGAAACAGCUUGACAUCUUGGUUCAUGAUUUUCCACGGAAGCAGAAAACCUUGUUCCAAAGAAGAGUAGAUAUGAUUAGGAAUCCAGCGGGAGGCAUGCUUGUCACUCCAACUAUAAAUAUUCCUGCAAGAGAAUUGAAUAAGGACUCCAGGCAAAAUCAGUAUGUGGUUGUGCAAGUAACUGGUCCUCAAGUGAGUUUGGAAAAAGUGGUUCUCCUUUCUUACCAGAGUGGCUUUGUGUUCAUCCAGACAGAUAAAGGCAUCUAUACACCAGGCUCUCCAGUGCGCUAUCGUAUCUUUUCUAUGGAUCACAACAUGCACAGGAUGGACAAAACUGUGAUUGUAGAGUUUAAGACUCCACAAGGCAUUGUUGUCAGUUCUAAUCCAGUCAAUCCAUCUUCAACCUUGAUCCGGCCUUACAAUUUACCAGAACUUGUCAGUUUUGGGACAUGGAAGGCUGUGGCCAAAUAUGAACAUUCAACAGAGGAGAGCUAUACUGCAUAUUUUGAUGUCAGAGAAUAUGUGUUGCCAAGCUUUGAAGUUCGUCUGCAACCAUCAGAGAAGUUUCUUUAUAUUGAUGGCAAUACAAAUUUCCACGUGUCUAUCACUGCAAGGUACUUGUAUGGAAAGAAAGUGGAAGGUGUGGCGUUUGUCCUCUUUGGAGUGAAAAUAAAUGGUGAUAAAAAGAGUAUUCCAGAGUCACUCACGAGAAUUCCGAUUAUUGAUGGAGAUGGGGAAGCAACACUAGAAAGACAUAAACUACGUUCUCGAUUUAAAAAUCUCAAUGAUCUUGUUGGGCAUACUCUAUAUGCAUCUGUAACAGUGAUAACAGAAUCAGGCAGUGAUAUGGUAGUGACUGAGCAAAGCGGCAUUCAUAUUGUGACAUCUCCCUAUCAGAUCUACUUCACAAAAACCCCCAAAUAUUUCAAGCCAGGAAUGCCAUAUGAACUGACGGUGUAUGUUACCAACCCUGACGGCUCACCAGCUGCCAAUGUACCAGUAGUAUCAGAGGCCAUUCAUUCUGAGGGAACCACUUUGAGCGAUGGGACUGCUAAGCUCAUCCUGAACACACCACUGAACAUUCAAAGCCUACCGAUCACUGUUAGAACCAAACAUGGAGAGCUCCCAAGAGAACGCCAGGCAACAAAGUCCAUGACAGCCACAGCCUACCAAACCCAGGGAGGAUCUGGAAACUAUCUUCAUGUAGCCAUUACAUCUGCAGAAAUUAAGCCCGGAGAUAACUUACCUGUCAAUUUCAAUGUGAGGGGCAAUGCAAAUUCGCUGAACCAGAUCCAAUAUUUCACAUACCUCAUAUUGACUAAGGGGAAGAUUUUCAAGGUUGGCAGGCAACCCAAGGGAGCUGGGCAGAAUCUGGUAACCAUGACUCUGCGUAUCACUCCAGAUCUCAUCCCUUCCUUCCGGUUUGUGGCUUACUACGUAGUGGAAAACACUGAAAUUGUGGCUGAUUCUGUCUGGGUGGAUGUGAAGGAUACCUGCAUGGGAACGUUGGUUGUGAAAGGAGCAUCUUCCAGAGACAAUCGAAUACAAAAGCCAGGAGCUUCAAUGAAAAUCAAAUUGGAAGGGGAUCCAGGUGCUCGGGUCGGUCUUGUGGCUGUGGACAAAGCAGUAUAUGUUCUCAAUGAUAAAUAUAAGAUUAGCCAAGCUAAGAUAUGGGACACAAUAGAAAAGAGUGACUUUGGCUGUACAGCUGGCAGCGGCCAGAAUAAUCUGGGUGUGUUUGAAGAUGCUGGACUGACUCUGACAACCAGCACUAGUCUCAACACCAAACAAAGAUCAGAUGCAAAAUGUCCUCAGCCUGCAAAUCGGAGGCGUCGCAGCUCUGUUUUGCUGCUUGACAGCAAGGCAAGCAAAGCGGCACAGUUUCAGGAUCAAGACCUACGUAAAUGCUGUGAAGAUGGCAUGCAUGAGAACCCCAUGGGGUACAGUUGUGAAAAGCGUGCAAAAUAUAUCCAGGAGGGAGAUGCCUGUAAGGCCGCCUUCCUUGAAUGCUGUCACUACAUCAAAGGGAUCCGAGAUGAAAACAAACGGGAGAGUGAGUUGUUUCUGGCAAGAAGUGAUUUUGAAGAUGAAUUCUUUGGAGAUGAAAACAUCAUCUCAAGGACUGAAUUUCCUGAGAGUUGGUUGUGGCUAACAGAGUCCCUGCCCGAGCAGCCCAACAGUCAAGGGAUUUCAAGCAAGACACUGACUUUUUAUCUGAGGGAUUCCAUCACAACUUGGGAGGUGCUGGCUGUGAGCAUUUCACCCACCAAAGGGAUCUGUGUGGCUGAACCUUAUGAAGUAACAGUUAUGAAAGACUUCUUCAUUGAUCUUCGAGUACCGUAUUCAGUAGUGAGGAAUGAGCAGGUGGAGAUUCGAGCUGUUCUGUACAACUACGCUGAUGAGGAUAUUUAUGUGCGAGUGGAACUGUUACACAACCCAGCCUUCUGCAGUGCUUCCACAGAAACACAAAGAUACCGAGAGCAGGUCCCGAUUAAAGCCCUGUCUUCCAGGGCAGUACCAUUUGUGAUCGUCCCAUUACAGCAAGGAUUGCAUGAUAUCGAGGUCAAAGCAAGUGUCCGGGGAAUAUUGGUAUCAGAUGGUGUGAGGAAGAAACUGAAAGUUGUACCUGAAGGGACACAGAAAGAUAUUGUGACUGUUAUUGAACUGGACCCAAGCACAAAAGGAGUCGGUGGAACACAGGAACAAUUGGUCAAAGCCAAUAAAUUAGAUGACAAGGUGCCUGAAACAGAAAUUGAAACCAAGAUUAGUGUUCAAGGUGACCGUGUGGCUCAGAUGAUUGAAAACUCAAUUGAAGGAAGUAAACUCAAUCAUCUCAUUAUCACUCCUUCUGGCUGUGGGGAGCAAAAUAUGAUCACCUUGACUCCAUCAGUUAUUGCCACCUACUACCUGGACACAACAGGGCAGUGGGAGACUCUUGGUGUGGAUCGCAGGACUGGAGCUAUCAAACAGAUCAUGACUGGUUAUGCCCAGCAGAUGGUGUACAAGAAAGCAGACCAUUCCUAUGCAGCAUUUACAAACCGUGCAUCUAGUACUUGGCUAACAGCAUAUGUUGUAAAAGUCUUUGCCAUGGCUACCAAAGUUGCAAAAGACAUUAGCCAUGAAAUCAUUUGUGGAGGUGUGAAGUGGCUGAUUCUGAACAGGCAACAACCAGAUGGAGUGUUCAAAGAAAAUGCCCCUGUAAUCCAUGGAGAAAUGCUGGGAGGAACAAAAGGUGCUGAACCAGAAGUAUCUUUAACAUCAUUUGUUCUAGUUUCAUUAUUGGAAUCCAGAUCAAUCUGCAAUGAACAUAUCAAUAUUCUAGACAGCAGCAUCAACAAGGCUGCAGAUUAUUUACUCAGAAAGUAUGACAACCUGCAAAGGCCUUACACUACGGCCCUCACAGCCUAUGCUUUGGCUGCUGCAGACAGACUCAAUAAUGAGAGGGUACUCAUGGAAGCAUCAAAAGGAAGGAAUCGUUGGGAAGAAUAUAAUGCUCGCACCCACAACAUUGAAGGCACUUCCUAUGCCUUGUUGGCCCUGCUGAAAAUGAAGAAAUUUGAGGAGACCGGUCCCAUAGUCAGAUGGCUGACAGAUCAGAAAUAUUAUGGGGGAACAUAUGGACAAACCCAAGCAACAGUUAUGGUGUUUCAAGCUCUUGCUGAAUAUCAGAUUCAGACGCCUACUCAUAAGGACUUAAACUUAGAUAUUGUUAUUAAGCUGCCAGAACGAGAAGUACCUAUAAACUACAGAAUUGAUUCUGUCAAUAGUCUCCGAGCCCAGACAACAGAGACCAAACUCAAUGAAGACUUCACUGUAUCAGCAUCAGGGGAUGGAAAAGCAACGAUGACAAUUUUGACGGUCUAUAAUGCACAAUUGCGGGAGGAUGCAAAUGUUUGCAACAAAUUCCAUCUUGAUGUUUCUGUUGAAAACGUGCAGAUGAACUUAAAACAGGCAAAGGGAGCCAAGGGAGCCCUCAAGCUUAAAAUCUGCACUAGGUAUCUGGGAGAUGUUGAUUCUACAAUGACAAUAAUUGAUAUUUCUAUGUUGACUGGUUUUCUCCCUGAUGCUGAAGACCUUACAAGGCUUUCUAAAGGAGUCGACAGAUAUAUCUCCAAGUUUGAAAUUGACAAUAAUAUGGCUCAGAAAGGAACUGUUGUCAUUUACUUAGACAAGGUCUCCCACUUGGAGGAGGAAUGCCUGCAAUUUAAGAUUCACAAGCAUUUUGAAGUUGGCUUCAUUCAGCCAGGAUCAGUCAAGGUGUACAGCUACUACAAUCUAGAUGAACAAUGUUCCAAAUUCUACCAUCCAGAUAAAGCAACAGGCCUUCUCAAUAAGAUAUGUCAUGGUAACAUUUGCCGAUGUGCAGAAGAAACCUGUUCCUUGCUCAACCAGCAGAAAAAUAUUGAUCUUCAGUUACGAAUUCAAAAAGCCUGCGAGCAAAAUGUGGAUUAUGUCUACAAAACCAAGCUGCUUCGAAUAGAAGAAAAAGAUGGUAAUGAUAUCUAUGUCAUGGAGGUUUUAGAAGUGAUUAAAGCAGGUACUGAUCGAAAUCCACAAGCAAAGGCCCGCCAGUAUGUAAGUCAAAGGAAAUGCCAGGAGGCUCUGAAUUUGAAGCUGGACAACAAUUAUUUGAUCUGGGGUCUCAGUAGUGACCUGUGGCCCAAGAAAGAUGAUAUUUCCUACCUCAUUACAAAGAACACCUGGAUUGAGAGAUGGCCAAAUGAAGAUGAAUGCCAGGAUGAAGAAUUCCAGAAUUUGUGUGAUGACUUUUCUCAGUUGUCCAACACACUGACUAUUUUUGGCUGCCCUACUUAAAGUUUAGAAGAAUCAAUGAUAGGAAGAAUAUGCUCAGAAGACAGAUUUUUGAGCCAAUACAUAUAUGUUAUUUUGCCUCUUGAUUUUUUUAGUUUUUUUAUCAUUUUGCUCUGCUAUUUUCUUUCAAAAUUGUUUAUACAUAAAAUAAAUAAUUGAUUUCUUA